GUCGUGAAAUCUAAAUCGGUCUCAGCCCGUCUCUGUCUCGCGCCGCGUUGAUUCCGGUGCUCUGGUGAGCAGUGUGGUGUCUACCGGAGUGCUGCUCGGUUACCGAAACAGUUUGUAAGGAAGAAGGACUUCGCAGUAUGGCGUUAAACCUCACCAUUAACACAAGCAAUCCGCCGCUCGGAGCGCUUCUGACAGCAGAGCAUGUGAAGGGCAGUGUGCAGGUGUCAGUGGAGGAAGGCAAAGACACCCAGCUUCACGUCUCAGAUGCGAUCCAGUUCAACGAUGCCAACUCUAUCAGUCGGUACUUGGCCCGUGUGGCUCCCGCUCUUGGCCUCUACGGAGCCAACAUGAUGGAGCAGACUGAGGUCGACCACUGGUUGGAGUUCAGUGCUCAGCGGCUCUGUGGUCAGCCUGCUUUAAGCAACGCGCUGGUGGAUUUGGAUAAGGCCCUUUCCCUGCGGACCUUCUUGGUUGGACAUACCCUCACCCUGGCUGACCUGUCCGUCUGGGCUGCUCUGAAAGGUCAUGGGGAAUGGCCAAGCCAGGGCAAGUCCUUCUCCCACGUCAAUCGCUGGUUCUCUUUCCUGAGCUCACAGGUUCCCUUCACCGCUGUGGGAAACAAGUAUGCCAGUAAGAAAGCUCCAUUGAGCAAAUCCAACUUGGAUGAGAAGAAGCAAGAUGUUGGCAAGUUUGUGGAUUUGCCAGGAGCCGAGAUGGGCAAGGUGGUGGUUCGAUUCCCUCCCGAGGCCAGUGGAUACCUGCACAUCGGCCAUGCCAAGGCCGCUCUGCUCAACCAGCACUACCAGAUCACGUUCAAAGGCAAGCUCAUAAUGCGCUUCGACGACACCAACCCUGAGAAGGAAAAGGAGGACUUUGAGAAGGUGAUCUUGGAAGAUGUUGCCAUGCUCCAGAUCCACCCAGACCAGUUCACCUACACCAGUGACCAUUUUAUCACCAUAAUGGGAUUUGGGGAACAGCUACUCGCUGAGGGCAAAGCCUACAUUGACAACACGCCGCCUGAGCAGAUGAAACUAGAGCGGGAGCAGCGCGCCGAGUCCAAAUGCAGAAAUAACACGGUGGAGCAGAACAUGAAGAUGUGGUCGGAGAUGAAAGCUGGGACAAAGAGCGGUCAGACCUGCUGCAUGCGGGCCAAGAUCGACAUGAACUCCAACAACGGAUGCCUGAGAGACCCCACCCUCUACCGCUGCAAGACCACUCCUCACCCUCGCACCGGAAGCACCUACAACGUCUACCCAACAUAUGACUUUGCCUGUCCCAUCGUGGACAGUUUGGAGGAUGUGACCCAUUCCCUUAGGACCACUGAGUACCACGAUCGUGACGAGCAGUUCUACUGGAUAAUCGACGCACUGCGCCUCAGGAAGCCUUACAUCUGGGAGUACGCCCGACUCAACCUCAACAACACGGUGCUGUCCAAGAGGAAGCUCACCUGGUUUGUCGACCAGGGAUACGUCGAUGGCUGGGAUGACCCUCGCUUCCCCACUGUCAGAGGAGUCCUAAGGAGAGGAAUGACCGUUGAGGGUCUGAAGCAGUUCAUAGCAGCCCAGGGUGGAUCACGGUCAGUGGUGAACAUGGAGUGGGACAAGAUCUGGGCCUUCAAUAAGAAGGUCAUUGACCCGGUAGCUCCCAGGUACACAGCUCUGUCCAGCUCCUAUGUGGUUCCUGUCUCCAUCUCAGAAGCUACAGAGGAGAUGAAGGAGGUGGCCAAACACCCUAAGAACGCGGAAGUGGGCAUGAAGAAGGUUUGGUACGGACCUCGAGUUCUGGUUGAAGGAGCCGAUGCUGAGACCUUCGCAGAGGGGGAGAUGGUCACCUUCAUCAACUGGGGCAACCUCAUCAUCACCAAGAUCAACAAGGGGGCCGACUCUAAGGUCGUCUCGAUGGAGGCUCGCCUGAACCUGGACAACAAGGACUUCAAGAAGACGACGAAGAUAACGUGGCUGGCCGACACCAACAGUGCUCCCCUGCUGCCCACCAUCUGCAUAAACUACCUGCCUCUCAUCUCCAAGGCCGUCAUCACCAAAGACGACGACUUCAAGGAGUACAUCAAUAAAAACAGCAAGCUGGAGGAGAAGAUGCUCGGCGACCCUUGUCUGCAGAGCCUGAAGAAAGGUGACAUCAUCCAGCUACAGAGGCGGGGCUUCUUCAUCUGUGACCAGCCUUACGAGGCCGUCAGUCCUAACAGCUGUAAGGAGAGUCCCUGUGUGCUGCUCUACAUUCCCGAUGGACACACCAAGGAGAUGCCGACUGCUGGAUCCAAGGACAAGAGCAAGAGCCAGGCCUCCAGCAAAACACCUGCUUCGACCUCUGCCAAAGCUGCCUCGACCCCUGCCCCUGCCCCUGUGCCUGCCGCAACCUCAGCUAGUGACAUGUUCUCGAGCAUUGUAGCACAAGGUGAAGCUGUCCGUCAACUAAAGGUUGCCAAGGCUCCUAAAGACGAAGUGGACAAGGCAGUUCAGCAGCUGCUGUCUCUAAAGGUGCAGUUUAAGCAGCAGACGGGUAUGGACUACAAACCGGGCAUGGCCCCUCCCACUUCUGCUCCAGCCCCGCCCACCACAUCAACAGACUCUUGUCCGUUCACCCAAGUUACCCAGCAGGGCGAGCUGGUCAGGAAGCUGAAGGCCGAGAAGGCGCCUAAGGACCAGAUUGACCUCGCAGUGAAGCAGCUCCUCGCUCUGAAGGCGGCGUUUAAAAAGCUGACUGGUCAGGAUUACAAACCUGGGAUGGCCCCCUCUGCUCCUGCCUCCUCCUCCGCUCCAGCUCCUGCAGCCUCCUCCUCCUCCUCUUCUUCCUGCUCUUCUUCUGGCCUGUAUGAGCGUGUUUCACAACAAGGGGAGAAUGUGAGGAAACUGAAGUCUGAAAAAGCCCCCAAGGACCAGGUUGACGCAGCAGUGAAGCAGCUGCUUGCCCUGAAGGCCGAGUACAAACAGGUCACAGGCCAGGACUACAAGCCUGGAGCGGCCCCAGUCCAGAAGGUCCAGGCUCCAGUCCAGAAGGUCCAGGCUCCAGUCCAGAAGGUCCAGGCCCCUGUCCAGAACAGUCCUAGCUCUGCACCUGCUGCCACCGGCCUGUAUGAGAAGGUCUCUGAGCAGGGAGAAGUGGUCCGGAAACUGAAGGUCGAAAAGGCCUCCAAGGAUCAGGUGGACGCUGCAGUGAAGCAGCUGUUGGCUUUGAAGGCCGAGUACAAACAGCAGACCGGACAGGAUUACAAACCUGGAGCGGCCCCAGUCCAGAAAGCCCAGGCUCCAGUCCAGAAAGCCCAGGACCCUGUCCAGAACAGUCCUAGCUCUGCACCUGCUGCCACCGGCCUGUAUGAGAAGGUCUCUGAGCAGGGAGAAGUGGUCCGGAAACUGAAGGUCGAAAAGGCCUCCAAGGAUCAGGUGGACGCUGCAGUGAAGCAGCUGUUGGCUCUGAAGGCCGAGUACAAACAGCAGACCGGACAGGAUUACAAGCCUGGAGCAGCCCCAGUCCAGAACAGUCCUAGCUCUGCACCUGCUGCCACCGGCCUGUAUGAGAAGGUCUCUGAGCAGGGAGAAGUGGUCCGGAAACUGAAGGUCGAAAAGGCCUCCAAGGAUCAGGUGGACGCUGCAGUGAAGCAGCUGCUUGCUCUGAAGGCCGAGUACAAACAGCAGACCGGACAGGAUUACAAACCUGGAGCGGCCCCAGUCCAGAAUGCCCAGGCCCCAGUCCAGAAAGCCCAGGCUCCAGUCCAGAAAGCCCAGGACCCUGUCCAGAACAGUCCUAGCUCUGCACCUGCUGCCACCGGCCUGUAUGAGAAGGUCUCUGAGCAGGGGGAAGUGGUCCGGAAACUGAAGGUCGAAAAGGCCUCCAAGGAUCAGGUGGACGCUGCAGUGAAGCAGCUGUUGGCUCUGAAGGCCGAGUACAAACAGCAGACCGGACAGGAUUACAAACCUGGUUUACAAGCCCCAGGUAGCCAGGCCCAGACUCAGUCCAGCUCUCCCCCGCAGGCCGAGGAACUCUUCUCCCAGGUGACCCAACAGGGAGAGCGAGUGAGAAAGUUGAAAUCCGAGAAGGCCCCCAAGGACCAGGUGGAUGAAGCCGUGAAGACUCUCCUGGACCUGAAGAGCAAGUACAAGACGCUUACUGGACAGGACUACAAACCAGUGGCCGCUGCUGGAGCCACUGGAGGAGAGGACAAAAACCGCAAGGAGAGGGAGAACAAGUCUGAGAAACAGGGAGGAGGAGGACCAGGAGGAGGGAAGAAGGGUAAAGGAGACAAAGCCAACCAGGGCAAGGAGGCUUCAGGAGGAGCAGGAGGCCCAGGAGAGGGUCAAGGACCUAAGAAACAAACACGGUUGGGCUUGGAGGCCAAGAAAGAGGAGAACCUGGCUGACUGGUACUCUCAGGUCAUCACUAAAGCGGAGAUGAUUGAGUACUAUGACGUUAGCGGCUGCUAUGUGCUGCGGCCCUGGGCCUUCUCCAUUUGGGAGGCCAUUCAAGACUUCUUUAACCGGGAGAUUAAGAAAAUGGGCGUGGAGAACUGCUACUUCCCCAUGUUCGUCUCGCAGGCUGCCCUGGAGAAGGAGAAAUCCCACAUAGAGGAUUUUGCCCCAGAGGUUGCCUGGGUAACCCGUUCAGGAAAGACCGAGCUGGCGGAGCCCAUUGCUGUCAGACCCACCAGUGAGACAGCGAUGUACCCUGCCUACGCUAAAUGGGUCCAGUCCCACAGAGACCUGCCAAUCAAACUCAACCAGUGGUGUAACGUCGUGAGAUGGGAGUUCAAACACCCCCAGCCCUUCCUGAGGACGAGAGAGUUCCUGUGGCAGGAGGGACAUUCGGCCUUUGCCACCAAAGAGGAGGCAGCCGAGGAGGUGCUUCAGAUCCUGGAUCUGUACGCCCGGGUGUACGAGGAGCUGAUGGCGAUCCCCGUGGUGAAGGGGAGGAAGACGGAGAAGGAGAAGUUUGCCGGAGGAGAUUACACCACCACUGUGGAGGCAUUCAUCUCUGCCAGCGGCCGAGCCAUUCAGGGUGCUACGUCUCACCAUCUCGGUCAGAACUUCGCUAAGAUGUUCGAGAUCAUGUUUGAGGAUCCGAAGAAGCCGGGUGAGAAACAGCUGGUUUUCCAGAACUCCUGGGGAAUCACAACCAGGACCAUCGGUGUCCUCACCAUGGUCCACGGAGACAACAUGGGACUCGUACUGCCACCCAGGGUGGCCUGCCUGCAGGUUGUCGUGAUCCCAUGUGGGAUCACUGCCUCCCUGCCGGAGCAGGAGAAGGAGGCGGUGUUGACCCAGUGCUCUAAAUACAUGAAAAGGCUGCUGGAUGCUGGCGUCAGGGUGAAGACUGACCUCCGAGACAAUUACUCCCCAGGGUGGAAGUUCAACCACUGGGAGCUCAAGGGAGUUCCUAUCCGUCUGGAAGUGGGUCCUAAGGAUAUGCAGCAGCGUCAGUGCGUCGCGGUGCGGAGAGACUCGGGCGCAAAAGUCACCAUUCCGGAGGCUGAGGUGGAGAAGAGGCUGGUCGCCCUGUUGGAGGACAUCCAGAACAGCCUGUUUAACAAAGCUUCGGACGACCUGAAGAGGAACAUGGUGUCCGCGGACACGAUAGAACAGUUCCAGAGUGAGUUGGACCAGAACAAGAUUGUCCAGAUCCCCUUCUGUGGAGGAAUUGAGUGCGAGGAUUGGAUCAAGAAAAUCACUGCCAAGGACCAGGACCUGGAGCCUGGAGCUCCUUCCAUGGGAGCCAAGAGCCUCUGCAUCCCCUUCUCACCCCUGAAGACACUGCAGCCCGGUCAGAUGUGCGUCAGCGGCAAGGAGCCCGCCCAGUACUACACCCUGUUCGGACGCAGCUACUGAGCACGGGGAUGAACAUCUUGGUCAAAAAGGGCUCUCCUACCUUCUCUCAUCUAUUUGUUUUUGUCUGAUCUCUUGUUAGCAUAUAGGGUGACAGGGGUGUGAGGUGACUGGACUGUGGUAUUAGACUGGGAAGAUAACGAUUUUCCCUUUUUUUUUAACAUGUUAACACAGUUAUGAAUGCAUCUGGAAGAAAGUGGAGAGAAACUGUUAACUCUUUGAAUCCCGUUAUGAGAGACAAUGGUUGUGUGGCACUGCUUCUCACCCACAUGCCUCAUUAGUCUUUAAAGGUCAUACCAAAAGAACACUAACUGACCUGCAGUGGUUUGUAUGAGCAUUGGAAGUAAAACCAGAAACUAGGAAAAUAUUCAAUCUUUCCUAUCCUUUCUGAAUUUAUAUUUUUUUAUAAGUUCCUACUCAAUACUGUCAAAAGGAGAAGUUUGAUUUAGUUUUUUAGUUUUGUUUCUGUCAACGUUACUAAUUCAUAUGAUCUGCCGCUUUUUUUUUAAUCUAGAAAAACUCUCAAAAAACAAAAAGUGUCAUCUCUCGCAGCCAAAACGGUCUCGUGAACUCUACAGGUACUCGGUCUUGUAGACGUGGUAUUCUCAAAGCCCUGCUCUAUGACUGGUUACAGUAUGUGGCUCAUGACUCAGCUAAAUAUAAAUUCCUCUGAUCCACCUAAAGCCCAAUGACAUAAAUCUGUGAGGAACUGAAUAUGGUAAACAAUAAUGUAGUCACCUGUCAAUACUCUCCGGUUAAUGAACUCUACAACUUGUCCGUUAUAAAGUUAUUUCCAUGGCAAA